AUUAAGAAUCAUGUUGCAUCAAGCAAAGGACAGGCAGAAGUUCAUCAGUGAUGUUCAGUAUCUGCGGGACAUGCAGCAUAAAGUGGACUCUGAAUAUCAGGCUUGUCUGAGGCAACAGGAAUACAGAAGAGACCCAAAUGAGAAGAAACGUGAUCAGUUUGGGGGACAAGAGACAAAUUUUGAGAGAUCCCAAUUUUCAAGCGGAUCUUCUUUCAAACAGAGUUCUGGUGAAGAGGAUCCUCUAACCAAAACAAGAUUAUCUGCUGAGAAUCCUGCAGUUAAGUGUGAUUCCAGACUUCCAGCAAUUGACCAAUCAUCAGUCAAGCAGAAACAUAAAAGUACCAUAACUCCACAGAAACCAGAGAAAGCAGGCCCCAGCAACCCCUCUCCAGGUGACAGCAGCGAGUACCCCCAGUUCUGUGUUGAAUAUUCCCCUUUCUGCUCCGUCUUUGCUCGGUCCCCUGUCCUGCAGCCCAAUAGCAGUCACUGCUGCCUCCUCCUGCCACUUGUGCCACUGGCCCCCAAAGCAGCCCAGGACCCCACCUCCCGUCUCCUUCCCUCCUUCAUGAGCUACUCGCCCUCCUCUUCAGGCCCCAGGCCCAAGGCACCGGCCACCAUGUGGACCUUCCCCAUCUCCUGCCCCAGCCCGGCAGAGAUCCCUGUGCUAUGUCUACCCAGCCGCAGGAGGCCCAGUAAAAUCUACCUCAUGUGGAAGAGGAGGCCAAACCUGGGGAGACUGACAGUCAGCCCAGAAAUACAGAGACCACAAGCAUCCGGGGACAGAAGCAGACAGCAGAAAUUGCGGCUGCUGGCAAAGGCACCAGCCCUCAGGGGAGCAGGUAAGGACCUGUGGCCCAUGCAUCUUGGUCCUCAGAGAGGAGAGCUGACCUCUGCUGUCACCUGGUGGAUUCUGUAUGGUUUUUGGACCUUUGUGCUUUUAUGUGAAGGAGAGGGCACCAAGAUCUUAAUGGGUAAGAAAUCACUUCAAAACAAAUAUUGGCUUCUAGAGAAGGGAUGGGAUGGAGGUUGUGAGCAGGCUCCAGCCGGGAGCAGAAGCAACAGCAGCGGCAGAAGCAGUAGCCUUAGGCUCGGGUCACAGACCGGGGUCAGCAUGGCCAGCAGCAGUGGUGGUGCCUCCACAACCGCAAAUGCAGACACACAUCCCUUGGCGCGAGUGCCACUUCUCCUCAUCAUUUCUAGGGGCGGCCCUCCCAAGGGUUGUACCCAUUAUGACAGAUUUUGGGUUCAGAGGAAUCCUGCUGACUGUACCAGAUUCCUGUCCACUCGACAGGCCGACUGCUUUAGAAUCGGAAUGAUGAGGUCAGCAGGGCCUCAUCAGCCCCUGCAGGAUCGCAAUACCAGAGCAGCAGAGCGGAAGGCAGACCAGACAGGAACCAAGUGUCAUGAGAAAAAAUCCAAUAGAAUGAUAAACUUGUCUUUUCUCAAUGCAGACCCAGCCGCUCCACGAGAAGGCCCAAUAUGGGCAGGUGAUGCUAAGCUGAAGAGGCCCAGUCGAGAGAGAGGAAACGUAGUCCGGUCCUCACAGCUCAUGCCCAUGCCUGGGAGUCCCCCUGAGCGAGCCCGGAAAGGAGAGCCGGCUGCUCUCUCCCAGAAUGAGGCACGCCAGGUCCUAUCCCGGGCCUGCCAGGGAGCCAGCGGUCCUCAAGGGGUGAGAGAGUCCUUGGGGCCACUGCUCACAACCAGCACCAUGGGAGGGCCCAGAAGGGUGCCGUUUAGGUUCCGAGACGAAGAUUUUCAUUCUGUUUUACCAUUAAACUCUGGAGAAGAAAAUGAUGACACUGAAGAGGAAAUACAAGUAGAGGAAGAACUUCUGCUGGCUGGUAUGCGCCCCCCUAGGUCUCCUGCCAGUUAUAAGAGAAAUACAUUUCCUGGGACUUCGGCCACUCAGGCCAAAAAUAAAAAUUUUGAAGGAAAUCCUGAAAAUUGCAGAGUUACUUCUGCAGGAAGAAGUGAGUCCAAUCAUGGCUCAUUAAGAAGAAGUGGUGCAGUGGGGCCAGUGACAGACCAGCCAUCUGUCUGGCAAAGGGUGUUCCAAGACCCUGGGUUGCCUGAUGGCGGGCCUCCUAAAGAGAAUGACAGUGAGAAUGAGAAAAAGACCUUUAAUUCAUGGGAUGCCAAAUUCGAACCCGGUCUAGAUGGUGAUCUCACUGCUGAAAAUGUCUUCAGCGACUGUGUGUCUAGGGAAGACAGGCCUAGUACCCGCAGCUACGAGAGAGACUGGCAAACCUAUUUAAACUCUCCUAGGAGCUCUCCUGACUACUUUGUUUCUGGCAGACCAACAGCUCCAAGAUCACCCAUGAAUUCAUCUUACAACACUCCCAGAUCAUCAAUGCACCGUGUUCUGAGAGACGAUAUUCCAGUACGUUUGUCGCUGUCCACAUUAUUUCACAGUCCAGACGCGGAGGGAAACUCAAUGUAUAAUGUUUGUCAACCACUGUCGCCCAUUGGGCGUAGGAAUCCAUUUGCCAGCACUGGAAACCACAGUUAUUUUCCAGUAAACAGUGGACAUGAAUUUGAUGUCAGGGGAGCGGAAAAUAUUACUUUAACAAGCCCAUCUCUGGGAGCUCCAUUACAUACGGAAGACCUUUUACUAAAUCCUCAAAGCAGCUUGCCCUUGGUGGAACCUUCCAGCUCCUCACCAUCAAGAAGGAACUUACAAGGCCACUUGCAGGUGCCUGGGUCCCUGCAAGAAAGUACACCUUUUACUUUCUUUGCAGUGUCUGAUUUCCAAAAUGAUAAUGCAACCAGAAUGGCAGUCUCUGAUUUCACAGAUGAAAAGGAAGACAUGAAAAUAAAGGCAGACCCUGAGAAACUCAAGAAAUUGCAAGAAAGUCUCUUGGAAGAGGACUCCGAGGAGGAGGGAGACUCCUGUCGCAUCUGCCUGACAGCCGGGGGCUUCCCGGCCAACCCCCUGCUGGAGCCCUGCAGCUGCGUGGGGAGCCUGUGGUUCGUUCAUCGCGAGUGCCUGAGAAAGUGGCUGGAAGUGAAAAUAACAUCAGGAGCUGAUCUAGGCACCGUGAAGACCUGCGAGAUGUGUAAGCGAGACCUGCUGGUCGACCUGGAUGACUUUAACGUGAUCGAGUUCUACCAGAGGCACCAGCAUUCCCGGACACAAAAUGAGCUGAUGAAUUCGGGCUUGUACCUGGUGCUGCUGCUUCACCUCUAUGAACAGAGGUUUGCAGAACUCUUGAGACUCAACUACAACUGGGCUGCAAGAGAGAGGUUGUCAAGAAACUGCCCACAGCCCAGACCGGAGGGAAAUGAAAAUUCCGAAGUGGGAGAUGGAAAUGAAAGCAGCACUUAUCAAUGCAACAGCCAGGUCGUCUAGCAAGGGAGCUGGCCAUGGAGCUCAGCAGAGAUCUCUGUCCCCAGCCACCUCUCCUACGCCCCCAUGCACCUCCCUUCCUACUCUUUAAUGAAACUGAAACCAAUGUGUUUGCAGUUCUCAUUUCACUUUUCUGCCACUGUCUUUUUGGAGUCUGGCGAACAGACAGCAACAGUGACCAGCCCAGACCCAGACAGUCCAGGCCACACAGCCUGGGCUUGCUGGGCCCCUGCAGCUGCUCCUCAGCCCAGAAGCCCCAGGGGACUCAGCAGCUCCAGCAGGUGGCCUGGUGUCCCUCUGCUGAGGGCAUCUGUUCAGGCGUACUCAACCAUGAGUGGAAUUGAGCCUCGUAUUCAUAUAAUAGUAAACAGAUUUUACUCACCCAGCUUUGUUUGGUGCUCAUUUCAGUGUCCUUGGACAAAGGCUCAGGACCUCAAACUAAUAGGAGAGAGGUCAUCUCAGCCCCCAUCCCACCUCCACUUCUCCUUGGUCCCUGCCAUCACUACCACCAGGGAUGACACAUCCUGGCCCCCAUGGACUGUGACAGGCUGGAUGGCUGGCUGCCCCUGUAGGUACCCACUUAGGAUGCAUUUGGUGUAUGGACCCCACAGUUAUCUCCUAAUUACAUCUUAGGGCUCAAGAACCAGAGUGAGGCAUGCAGAGAAAGUUGGUGAGAAAACUGUGUGUGUAUGUGUGUGAGAGAGAAUGAGAGAGAGAGACAAAGAUAGGUAAAAAAAAUAACAAAGAUGGAGAGACUGAACUACUGACUUAUGCAACAACAUGAUGAGUGAAAGAAGCCAGACACAGAAGACCACAUAUUUAGAAUACAUAGGAUUCUAUUUAGACUCAAUUUCUAGAGAAGGCAGAACAAAACCAAAAAACCAUAGGAUCAGAAAGAUCAGUGGUUGCUGGGGUUUGGGCC